AUGUACCAAACCGAGCGCCAACGGAUUCCGAUCAAGUUCAGACACAAAGAGGAACGGGUCCCAGAAUCACUGUUCUGCCUGUGUCUGAAGUAUGUAGCCCGGAACUUGGACACUCUGUGUACGGAGACACCUGACGGUUAUACUCUGCACGAUGGAUUGGCUUUGCCAAGCGAGAUAUGUGAACCAUUCAUUGAGAUUUAUCAGAGCAACGGUGGUGAGAUUUUCGACUGUUUUGCACAUUUAUUCGUAGACGUUACCAAGACGAACCUGAGAUCGGUACACAUAAGUAACUCGAGUAUUACUGAUGACGGUCUUGAGUACCUGUUGUGCCACGACCUAUAUGAACUCACACUUACUAACUGUCAGAAUCUCACGCACAAAACGUAUACAAAUAUAUUCAAACAUGCCGUCAACCUUCGUUCGUUGACCAUUGGUCCAAAUGUACAAAUAACUCCUUACAACAAGCUGUCAAACUCUUCACUAUCUCUAGAUGAUCUCCCCUCAAGAAUCUACAAGAAGGCACCCAAUCUUAGACAUUUUGUGUUGCGAGCAAUUGUAGAAUCACCAUUCACUAGUGAAAACAUAUUUCUGGGUGUUAUGCUCGAUAAGCUCAUACAGCUGAGGUUCUUGGACCUCUCUUAUUGCUUAGGUGUUGGCAGUCUGCGUUACUUGUGUAAACUCACCAGCUUACAUACAUUAAUACUUUUCGAUGUGCCCCAUCUGCAAAACAAUGACGCAAUAAUCAAUAUUUGUUCCCUGAAAUCACUGGUUGUUUUAGAUAUAUCGCAAACUGAGACUUUCCCAGAACAAGGCAUUUUCCAAGAUGAAAAUAAAAUUUUAGCACUAAUUGUGACAUGUCUACCAAAUCUUAUGUCUUUGGAUAUAUCCGGUACAAAUUUGGCUGGAAAAGGCACUGCAGAACAGUCUAUGUGCGAAUCACUGAGUGGCAGGAAGUCUGACAUUCCUGGUUUAGAGUAUCGAGUAGACAAUCCUUUAGAGUUUUUAGGCUUAUAUCACACUCAGCACAAUGCUUGCAGGCGGCACGAUAUUCCUGCAAAAAUUAUCAGUGGUGAUGCUAACGAAGAACAGAUCUUUAAUGCUGCUGCUUCGUGUAUGGACAAACCAAAAUUACUUCAAAACGUUUUAAACGAUCUUUACCACUUGUUGAGGUAUGACCAGUGUACACAAAUUGAUCAAGCUCUUGACAUAGUAUUGGAAGCUCUUACUAGAUAUGUAAAAGAGAAACUCAUUCAAAUUUCUGGGAGUGCAACACUUUUCUAUAUUGUGAAAAAUAAAGAUCGGCCAUUACUAUUAAAUGAUAUAACAGUAAAACGACGUAUUAUCACAACACUAUUAACUGGAAUGGACUAUCACAACUACGAUGAAACAAUGAUGCGGAAUGGAUGUUUGACUUUGUGUCAGUUGAGAAUACCUCAAGAUGUGAUGUUCGAGUUUAAACGUUUAGUACAAAUGUUACUACAUAUUGUAUCUACUAGUGACCAUGAAGGAUUUGUGCAAAGAAUUGGUAUUUAUUUACUAAACUCAGUUGCAUGUCAAGUGAACAAUAAACAAAAAAAUGAACUUGGAGAUGCUGGCGCAAUUAAGAAAAUGAUGGCAAUAAUCAAAGAUAGGCUUCAUCGAAGAGUUUGCGAUGAUGUUCUUGAAGUUGCUUGGUCAACAAUGUGGAACGUAACAGAUGAAGCACCAAAAAAUUGUAAAAGGUUUCUAGAUGGAAAUGGAAUGAAAUACUUCCUUGGAUGCUUGACAACUUUUCCUGAUAAAAAUGAACUGAUGCGGAAUAUGAUGGGUUUAUUGGGCAAUGUUGCUGAAGUGAGUGAGCUACGAUGUAGACUUAUGCAAGGACAUUUUAUCAAAGUGUUUUCUGACCUUUUAUUUUCCACGCAGGACGGAAUUGAGGUUAGUUACAAUGCUGCAGGGGUAAUUGCCCACUUGGCAUCAGAUGGUCAAAGAUCGUGGAUUAUAAAAACCCCAUCAAGAUACAAAGUAUUAGAUCGUAUGACUAAAGCCAUACAAAAUUGGAACUUGGACGCUGAUCGAAAUAUUAAUUAUCGUUCCUUCGAGCCAAUUUUACAGCUUGCACAAGUUAGGCACACACCUCAGUGUGCUCAUUGGGCAGCAUGGGCUUUGGCAAACCUCACUAAAGUGUACCCCGAGAAGUACUGUUCGAUUGUUAUAGCUGAGGGUGGUUUGAGAAUCAUGAGUGAACUACUCGAAGAACACAGUCAACUUCAAAAUAAUCAGCCUGGGGUUAUACAUAGUCUAGCUCAAACAGUCAUUGACCAAUGUCUGAUGUAUAUGAAAAACACCAUAGAUGAAGCAAGAAAUCAGUGAGAAUAUUAUUUUUCUUUUCUGCUGACUGCCCAUACCUAUAAGUUCUACCAAAAUUGAAUGUUUAAUUUAUACACUUAAACCUUAAUUAUUUUUGAGAUAUGUAAUUAUAACUGUAUUGUAUUAUUUCUCAUAAUAAAGUGUUUAGAGUAUACAGUUACUUUAGUUGACAUUUCAAUAAUAAUAAUAAAAAAAAAAAAAAAAUAGAACCAAAAUCUAACUAAAUUGGUAAAAUUUAAUUUUUUUUAGUACUUACAUUAUUAUUAUUUAGAAAUGGUAAUGAUGAUAUUAAUAUGUGUGGAUGAUAUUUAAGAUAGAUACUAUGUUGAAUGUUAAAUGUUUAUACAUGUAUAUAAUAUAUAUCUAUGUAUUAUAUUUAUAUAAUAUAUACUACCUAUAUGGAUAUAUUAUAACUAUUUUUUAAGACACUGUCCUUUAUACAUAAUAUGGUCUAACCAAUCUUUGAAAAUUGUUUUUUUUUUAUUAUUAUUAUUACUUCUGUGUAUUUAAUUAUUUUGUUUUUAUAUAAUUUAAAUGAUUGUGAUCACCAGUAAUAUAUCAUAAAUUAAUUGCAUUUUAAAAUAAAAAGUUAACACGCUAUAACAUUGUAAUAUUUUCCAAAACGAAUUUAUUUUCAUUUAGUCAAUAAAACCAAAGUGAAUAUUUGUUCCAAUUGGUCUCUAGUGAACAACAUUAUGAAUACUUUGGGUACAUUACCGUGUUUGUCUUUGUAUAUUCCUGUCCUCUACAUAUAUAUGCAUAAUAUAUUAUAAUAUGUAAUUACUCUACACAUUUCCGGCCUAAACCUUAAAAAUUAACUUAUGACUGCGGAAAUUAAUAAUUUAACUCUAAAAAUGUUGAAUAGAAUAAAAUUUAUCAACUUGGAACAAACACGGUAUGACACAUUAUAUUUACAUAAUACAUAUUACACUUUCUUUAUUGUUGUAUUAAUAGUAAAAACUUAAUUGAACUUGAUAAAAUAUAAAAACACAAAAAUGUAGCAUUUUAUCUGUCAUCUAUUGUUGUUUUAGAUAUUGUUAUGUACAUGUAAAAUGAUGAAUUAAAAGUUUCUUGUUUGAAGACAAAGAAAAAUAUCUCUGAAUUCGUUUUGGAAUAUACAAAUUAACUAAUAGGUAUGUUCAGCCAGAUUCAUUUUGCAUUUAUAGUACAUACUUUAAUCAUUAAUCACCUUUUAAACAUUGUUUUUAAAUGGUAGGAUUUAGGCUUGCUUAAAAUUAUUAUUCCAGUUUUCACAUUUCAGUUUUGUUAUGUAUUUAUUAUUAUUAGUUAUUUAUUCACAUGUAAAAUAGGUAUAAAGGAUAGGAAGUAUUCAUUAAUUAUACAAAUUAUUAUUAUGUAUGGAAAUUUUAAAAUGUGUUUAGCCUGAGCUUUUAUAUCAUACAGAUUCUCACAAUCAUACCCUAUACCACUACUCAACAUAAUAAUUACUUAGUAAUCGCUACUGAUCGCUCUAUAUCAGCUCUGGAAUUUAACGAAAUAAUGUUAUUAUAAAUACAUAUAAAUCUAUUACUAAUAAAAGUUUUAAUGAAAAUGUUACAUUCCAAUUCUGGUUAAUAAUUACUUUUUGUGUUUUAUCUUUAUUGUAUUUUGUCUUAAAUUUCUUGUUGAUUUAUUUUUUUAACUACUGUUGGUAGACUACCUACUAAGUUGUCAAGUGUAAUAUGUAACUAGAAGUUGUGCUUUUAUUAAGUUUAUUUUGUUUUUACUCUUAUUGUUUAAUGUCUAUUAUUGGGUAGGUACAAACUCAAUGCUUUUAUUGUAAUACUCCUUAAUGGCCUCACUAUCCAUUGACUGCCACUUAAAAAUUCUUUGUGUAUGACAGUUAUUGCGUUUAAAUAUGUUAUAUAAUUCAUCAUGUAUACAUUUCAAAAUUAAAUAAUUGUUAUAAAUGGA